ACAAAGAUGGAAACUGAAAUACUCGGAAACAAGUUAUUUGAACAACGCUUGAGAUCAGUCUUGCUAGAAUACGUAUCCAACACAAACACAAGGACAAUGGCGCCUGUGAGAAAGAAUAUUCUUCAAAUCCUAAUUUUCCUGUAUGGAAAAGACACACCAAGAAAUGUAGGAUUUCCCUAUUCCAACGACAAGGAUGUCGCUAAUCAACAGAAGAAGUACAUUUUGUUUGCCUUUUUGUUUAUGGAGGAUUUGAAGAAAAACUGCGUGACGGCAACAGACUUGUCUACCUUACAAAGAAUGUGGGAUCAACACAUACUGUAUCUGGCCAACAAUGGCAAAGCUAAAGCAGCUGAAAAUUAUCAAAGAAUCCUAGAAGACAGCGAGGAAACAAUUUUUAAUAUCAAAAGAUUUCAGUGUCACCUCAGUAAAACCAGAGCUUUCUUGGCCAAGUACAAGGACCCACAGCCACAGAAACUAGGCUCUACUUUCAGCUUUAGAAAAUCAAAGUUUGCUGAGAGGAUGACCACCAAGCUGAAGAAGCUGCUAGGUCAGCGUGACCCAGAUGACUUUUUCAUGAUUAAGUUCCAGGAUGUGAACUAAUUAGUGGACUCUAAGAUAAAGACCGAGAUUGUGGACAGUCAUUCAUGACUUUCGCUGAUCAACAAUCAUCAUCAUCAUAAUCAUCAACUCAUCAUCAUAAUCAUCAUAUCACUAUCAUCACAUCUACAAUCAAAUGUACAUCAUAUAAAUAUUUCACAUGUAUAUAUUUUCAUGAUCAUUUUUUGUAAUAUAUCAUUUUAUAGAGCAUUUUUUUUCUUCAUUCAAAUA